GGCCACUGUCCCGCUCCGCUCCGUUCCCUCCGGUCCGCUCUAGGCUUGUGCCUCCGGCGGCGGCGAAUCUGCCGGGCCGGUCCCGCCGCUAGCGCGGUUUGGGCGGUUGUCAGGGAGAAGCAAGAUGGCGGCCGCGGCGACGGAGGAGGACACGGAGCUGCGGGACCUGCUGGUGCAGACGCUGGAGAGCAGCGGGGUGCUCAAUAAGAUUAAGGCAGAGUUACGAGCAGCUGUGUUUUUGGCUUUAGAAGAACAAGAGAAAGUAGAGAACAAAGCACCUCUGGUAAAUGAAAGCUUGAAAAGUUUUUUAGGUACAAAGGAUGGUCGCUUGGUAGCAGGUCUUGUUGCAGAAUUUCUACGUUUUUUCAAUCUUGAUUUUACUUUAGCUGUUUUUCAGCCUGAAUCAAGCACGCUAAAUGGCCUUGAUGGUCGAGAAAAUUUAGCUCGAGAUUUGGGAAUUAUGGAAGCAGAAGGUACUGUGGGUGGCCCCCUGUUGUUGGAGGUUGUUAGGAAGUGUCAGCAGAAGAAGACUUCAGGUGGUGGAGAAGUGGCACCAGUUCUAAGUGACAGCCAGUGCCCCACAUCAAAAUCAUCUGAUGGACAGUCAAGUGCACACUCUAUACCAAAUAAGGCUGCUGAAAACACUCAGAGUGAUACAAGUAUCUCAUCAGGGGAAGCAAGCAAAAAAAGUAUUCAUUUUUUGCCUAAUGAAACAAAACUAGAUCCUCAACUAGAAAACAAAGACUUGAAUACCAAAGAAAAAAGUGAUCCAGUUGUGGAUGAAGAUGAUGCAGAGGGAGAUUCUUUCUUUGAUGACCCUGUACCCAAACCAGAAAAAACUUUCAGCUGGAAAACUGAGGCUAAAGCAGGAGGUCUAGCAUCCCUUUCUGAUGCACCAGCUCUAAAAAGUGGCUUAAGCUCCCUGACUGGUGCACCUUUGCUAAAGGAUUCUGAUAAUUUGGAUAGAAACUCUGUUUUAAAAGACCUGCGGUUGGUGAACGCAAAGCUGGGAUCACUAGAAUUAGGAAAUGGAGAUGAUGAUGAAUAUGCGGAUGAUUUCAACAGUACGAGUCAUCGCUCAGAAAAAAGUGACAUCAGUAUUGGUGAAGAAAUAGAUGAACUUUCUGUGGGAACAGAAGAGUCAAAUGCCAGUGAUAAACUCGAAAGCAUCACACAAGACCUUACCAUUUCUCAGUUAAGCGACGUUGCAGAUUACCUAGAAGACGUGGCAUAGAAUUGGACAGCAAAAAUCUUUCAUUGUGCUGGACUAGAAGACUGCUGUGGACUAUUAAUUUCAGACAAUCACCUUUUGCUGGAAUGUCCACUCCCUAUUUGUGCCUUGUGUUUCAAAAAUACUAUUGGUGAAGAAGGUUUUUAAAUAUUCUGAACAAGAACUACAUGAAAUGUGUUCCCAUUUGAGUCUGAUAUCAGAAUUACUUUCUUCAUUUGAUUCAGCCAAACCUUUCACAGAAGGAGGUGGAUUUUCCAAGCAGAAUGUCCAUUGCUGGCAGUGGACAUAAUAAAAACCAACUGGUAAGAGAACAUCAAGAAAGAGGCAUGUGGCUUUAUAGUGAACUUGCACUGUUGUUUUAACAGUCUCAGAUUUUUUUUUUUAAAGAUAACCAAAGCAAGAACCUUCAAAGGUAGUGGUUCAACUCACACUUCUUUUAACACAACCUUGUCAAGUCAGCAUGUAGUCCGUAUUUAUGGUAACUCUAGCCACAAUACCUGAUUACUCCAGACUUACUUGAAACUGUUCUUUUACAGACUCCUCUGAAAGUUGGACUUUACCUUUUUUAAAGGCAUAUUAAGUUGAGAGUACCUAAACUCUUUAACCUAAAUUUAGCUACAUUUAGGAGCUAAAUUUAGCACUAGUCUUAACCCAGAAUAUUCUUGUUUAAAUAUGUUUGUCAGACCAUUGAUGUUAAGACCUAAGCUGUUUUUAUAUAUGACAAUUUCAUCUAUGUUAUUUGUUGUUAAAUCACGAAAAGUAAUUUUGUAAGGAUUCACAAAUCAGUAACUAAAUCUUAUGGGGUAAGUUUUUAACAGUGUGUAAUACUUAGUGGAGCUUUUAUUUUUGAGGGUUCUUCAUGUGCUAUAAGAUCAUUUUCAUUCUUGAAAAAUAUUUUAAGUAAAAAUGAGCGCCAAAAAGAGAAACUACUAAACUUCUGGUUUUCAGAUUCUGACUGCUGUACAAAGUUUAAUGCAAAUAUUUAAAAAUACCAUACUGAAGACAUUAUGGACACUAAGUUCUAGCUAAGAGCAAAUUCUUGUAUUUUCACAAUGCUCUUGCAGAACAGGGUCAGUCCUGGCAAGGUUGACAGUUCUUCAAUGAUUCUGUUACAAGUGGCACUGCUAUAAUGUGUAGGUCAUGGACAUUUGUAAUAUUAAAACAAGACUUCAAAAUGUGCACUUUCUGAACAUUGUGAACACAUCUGGAAAAUAGACAUGUAAGUGAAUAUAAAUAAUUUUAUUUUUAACUUAGUUUUCUUUUUUUGAAGAUUUGUAAUUUUAUUUUUCAGAAACACUGUUGGCCUGUCAUGAGUAGUAACCACAGUGGAAGUAACAUGCUAAACUAAAGCCAUUGGUUAAGCAUUUAAAGCUGCUACUAUCACUAGAAGCUGACUUAAAUGUUUUUUUGCACUGGGCCAGCAGGCCUGGAGCAGUGCUAUGAAGUUAGGCUUGUACAUUACAUAAAUGAUUUGAGAGGAGACAGCAAAAGUGUGCCUUUUAUUUAUGUGCACCCCAAAAAUAGCCAGCAAAAAAGCAUUGGAGUAUUUAGUCAUGGUGUUGACUUGUAACUUUGUGCCAUAUUGUAGCAGCUGAGCGCAGAGGAGAAUUUUUUCACCCCAGGAAGUCAAUGUGCCAUAACUUCAGAUAGGAACAAUACUGUAACAUAUGAUAUAGCCUAUGUAAAAAAUUCAUUUAAGGUUACGGGAACCUGUGCCUCAAGAUAAUGUAAAUGGAGAAGUUUGGAUUAGACUUUUUUCCUUUCUUUUUUCUUAAGAAGAGUAUCAGCAUGUCUGAAGGAAAUAAAAUUUCACAUGAACA